CAACAAAACACUUACUAUUUUCACAUUUUUAAUUUCCUAUUUCAACUUCUUUUUCUUUUUCUUUUUGUUUAUAUAAACCCUUCAGGUUCCUUCUUAAUUUCUUUACGAACAACAAACAUAUAAAGCCAUAUAUAAAAAAGAGAGAGAGAAAGAGAAGAAAUAGAUAUGGAGGACGACAAUAAUAACAACAACAACAACAACAACGUGAUCGCACCUUUCAUUGUGAAAACAUAUCAGAUGGUCAACGAUCCUUCUACCGAUUGGCUCAUCACUUGGGGUCCUGCUCAUAAUAGUUUCAUAGUCGUUGAUCCUCUCGACUUCUCUCAACGGAUCUUGCCUGCUUACUUCAAACACAACAACUUCAGCAGCUUCGUUCGUCAACUCAAUACCUAUGGGUUUAGAAAAGUGGAUCCGGACAGGUGGGAGUUCGCGAACGAACAUUUUCUAAGAGGACAGAAGCACUUACUAAGAAACAUAGCGCGUAGAAAACACGCGCGUGGUAUCUACGGCCAAGAUUCAGAGGACGGCGAGAUCGUGAGAGAGAUCGAACGGUUGAAAGAUGAGCAAAGAGAGCUAGAGGCAGAGAUACAAAGGAUGAACCAAAGAAUCGAAGCUACUGAGAGGAGACCGGAGCAGAUGAUGGCGUUCUUAUACAAAGUCGUGGAAGAUCCUGAUCUCCUCCCAAGGAUGAUGCUAGAGAAAGAACGGACCAAGAAACAAGUCUCCGACAAGAAGAAGCGUCGUGUAACAACAGUUAAAGCAGAGGAAGAAGAAGAAGAAGAAGAAGACGAAGGGAGGGUGUAUAGAGUUAUGUCGUCGUCGUCACCGUCGUCAACGGAGAAUCUUUACCGGAACCACUCGCCGGAGAAUUCUUUAGGGUGGUGUGUUCCAAUAACGCAAGGACAGUUCGGUCUAGUGACGAACUCAAUGAUCUCUACGUCCUCGUCGUCGACGUCAUCGUCUUUAACGUCGACGUUGUCUUUACCGGAGAGUGUAAACGGAGGAGGAGGAGGAGGAGGAUGUGGGAGUAUACAAGGAGAAAGGUAUAAAGAAACGGCGACGUUUGGAGGAGUGGUAGAGUCAAAUCCACCAACAACACCGCCUUAUCCGUUUUCUCUGUUUCGAGGUGGCUUUUAGGCUUUUAGCUUCACAUGAUAUAUCAUCUCAAUAUUAUUAUUAUGGUUUCUUGUAUUAUUAUUAUUAUUUCAUUUUUGUUGUUUGUUGUUCUGAUUAUUUUUGUAAAAGUAUAACCAAGAAAUAAGGACAGAGAUGAUCGAAGUAAGUUACGUGACAGUGGGAGAUAGAUAGAGUCAGAAGUCAUCGUUUAUUAGAAAGUUUGACGAGUAUAUAAUUUUUUCCUAAUUAUAUUUUUGUUAAAGCUGAUAUGUUGACUUUGGUUUUAAGUA